AAAAUUUAUUCACAAUGCUCAGCGCCGUGCUCCGCAGACUCCAAGGCGGGAAUCUUGAAGUGUUCAAGUUCGGCAUCUACAUCCUCUUCCCCAUCGGCUGGAUGUACUAUUUCGGCACGAACCUCGAAGAACGCUUCUCCGUCCCCGGUUUCUGGCCCACGAAGGAACAAUCACACAAGAUCCCCCUCGAGCUUGGUGAUAUUGAGAAGGAGCUGGCGCGCAUGGAUAAGCAGAAGGCGUUGCGGGCGGCGCAAUUGCGGGGUGAGCGUGCAGUGGGGAGUGAAGGCGGUAGUGUCGCGGAGGGUUCGUGAGUUACAUAUUUCGAGCGUUGUAUAACAAAUGGGAUAUGAGGGAUCAAAGAAUGGAAGGAAGUGUGAGGUAAGGUGGCAUAUGGAGGGGUGUUAAAAGGGUUUUUUCCCCUUCCCUCGGGCCUGGCCCAGUUUCUGUGUAUAUAUAUACAUAAGG